CAUCUGAUCUCAUCCACAACCAAGUUUGCCGGCUCCGCAUACAGCCUCGGAAUUACUGAAUGCACACCGCCUUUUCUCUUUUCUAUGACUCUGGACGUGCAAUGAGUGUUUUCAUUCAUUUCUUGUGUCCUUUGAAAAUGGCCUGGAAGAAUAUUUAUUUUACUGUCUAAUUAAAAACGUAGUUUUUCAUAUUAACUGCGAAUUGUUUAUUCAUUUUUUCACUGGCCACUGAGGCUGCACAGGACCAUGGAUCCUACACCGACUUCAGAGAAAUCGCAUCUCAUCAACGAAAAAAAUGCCAAAAUAUACUCCUUAAAGAUAAACAGUGAAUUCUCAGGUUCCAAAGAAAGUUGCCCAAACCUGCCUUUGGGAAAUGGUGAUAUGGCUGGUGCUAUAGAACUGAAGAGGCCUGUUGGAACUCAUUGCCAUGGAAAUAAAGCAAUGUAUGAGGAGAGUCAUGAGAAACUCAUAGCAAAGAAGAAACUCUGCAUUGCCUCCAUAGUCUGUCUGGUUUUCAUGAUUGGAGAGGUUAUAGGUGGCUAUCUAGCACACAGUCUGGCCAUCAUGACCGAUGCUGCCCACCUUCUGACCGAUUUUGGCAGUAUGAUGGUCAGUCUUUUCUCACUCUGGAUCUCCACAAGACCAGCCACAAAGAUAAUGAACUUUGGCUGGCACAGAUCAGAGAUUCUGGGAGCACUGAUAUCUGUAAUGUCCAUCUGGAUCGUGACUGGGGUGUUGGUGUACCUCGCCAUUGAGAGGAUUGUUAAAAAUGAUUAUGAGAUCGAUGGCCAUGUGAUGGUUGUAACCUCUGGUUGUGCUGUUGUGGUCAACAUUAUAAUGGCAUAUAUUCUACACCAUUCCACGACUUUUCACAGUCACGGUUCAGGUUACCACAAGAUUGAUGAGAAUGGGAUGAGCCCAGUGGGCCAUGGCCACUCCCACAGCCUCCUUGGUAGUCAUGGGAACACCAGUGUCAGAGCAGCAUUUAUUCAUGUUUUGGGGGAUCUGUUACAGAGCUUUGGAGUGAUGGUGGCAGCCAUUAUAAUCUACUUCAGGCCAGAAUACAAAGUAGCCGAUCCCAUUUGCACUUUCCUCUUCUCUUUGUUCGUCCUGGGUACCACCAGUACCAUCCUGAAAGAUGUCUUCCGCAUUCUAAUGGAGGGGGCACCCAAAAGUAUAGAGUUUAAUUCAGUGAAGGAGUUGCUACUCUCUUUGAAGGCAGUGAAGGCCAUGCAUAGUCUACACUUGUGGGCUCUUACCUUAGGCCAGAGUCUGCUAUCCGUUCACAUAGCUAUUGAUGAGGAUGCUGACCCUCAGUGUGUCUUAAAGGAAGCCACUGAACUUCUUCAGACCAAAUUUGGCUUUUACAGCACAACCAUUCAAGUGGAGCCUUAUUGUGAGGACAUGAUCUACUGCGCCCAGUGCCAGGACCCUAUGGACUAACUUCUCCAAAUGUACUGGUGAGAGGAGGCUGCCUGAAUAAAAUAUAUGCACACAUAUUAAGCUUCACAGAGGGUCCAAGCCAGAAAUGGAAACACUGUGCAAAUGUAUAUAAUCUACAUUAUGAAUAUGUGCAUGCCAAAUGCAUUUCUAUCAAUUAAUACCAAGGAAAUAAAAAGUGCCAUCUUAAAAGUCCAUCUUCAGUGUCAAAAAAUGCAUAGACUUCUGGAAGGAAUAGCUUUAAAAUGAAGUAUUUAAAGGGAUGGUUCACUCAGAAAUGAAAAUGCUGGCAUAACUAUCUGAAAUAUCUUCACAUAUGCAAAGAUAUACAGAAUGGAGCAGCCACCCGUAAAUAUAAGGGGGUGGUGGCAUCACUGUGAGCUUUUUAUUGUGGCUUUGCAAGGUUUUGCUAGGCUGGCAUCAUACAUUACAGCAUGAGUAUACUGUAAUUGCCUGUCUGUGCACUUGUAAAAAAUGGCUAUUGACGUGACUUCCUUAAAAAACAAUUAGAAUGGGGUUUAUUAGGCCCCAGCCAGCCUCUGCUGUCAGUGUGGCUCUCUAAUCAAUGAGAAUGUCUGCCAAAGUGCAGCAUCAUGUUGUAGGGUUUAAACAGAGAUUCUGCUCAUGUAAUUAUGGAUUUUGUUGGAGAUUUCUUACUAAUGCCUGAAGGUACAAUGCUAUUUACACAAGAAAGCAGGUGAUUAACUUAAGAGACAUCUGUUUUCCCUCACUGGCUGUGAUAGUGAAAGUUUCAUUUCGCUUUUGAAGACGAAUAGUGGUGCCAUUCAGUCAUGUCUUCAGGCGUUGGCCAGCCAUGGUCUGUGCUGACACAGUUGUGCCUCUAUACUCAUGUUUUGCACAGGAUUUCCAUCUCUGAUCUCGGUGCCGCCACACUGCCGCAAUGACUCUACGACAUUCCAGCAAAGUGGUUCAACACUCACGUUUCUUCACUGAGGUCAUGGCAGUUACACAAAACAAUAAAGCACAUAGUUUUAGAAUGACCUUAUAAAACCAGUUCCCAUUUUCACUGUGAUAUUCUCUUGAAAUAGAAUAUUUAUUAAUAUAACAAAAACAAAGAGCCCCUAAACGUGCACUAAUGUUCAUUUACAGUAUGUGUAGAACAAAGUAAUUUGAUGAAAAACAGUAUAAUUCCCGUUCUUAAAGACCAAUAAAAGACAUGCCACAUAACUGUGUUUUAAAGCUUAGGUGUACUAAUAAAAUGUAGCUGUUGUGAUCUGCACUGUGACAUUGUGAAAGGGGUAAAAUGAUUGCUCUUACGAGUUGAGUUGCUUGCAUGAUUGCUUUGCUGUUUAUCGCCUUUGACUGUAAUUCAAAUAACCACUCUCAUAACCGAUCAACCUUAGGACCUCACAAUCUAACUGAAAGACCUUUCAUUACAUUAAAUUAACUAUAUUUUGACUAUAUUUGUUUGAAUAAAUGAAUAUAUAUUUAAUACAUGUGAAUAUCACAGCCGUUUAUAAAAUCUGAGAGAGUGAAAAAAAAAUAUGAUUAAAUUAAAGGAUAAAUGUAUGAUCUAUAUUUUUUAUUUCAUUUUAUAUUGUUUGUGAGUUGGUGUGUCAAAGCCCUGCAUUAAAAAUUUAAUUUAGUGAUUUACAAUAGAGUAUAUGACUCUACAUAUUUCUCCUGAACUCAGAAUGUCAGCUUAUGGCGAUUUUGCCAAGAAGGACAUGUACUUGGGGCGCCGUAAUGGGGGCAAGGUUAGUACGAUUCUAAGGGUGCUGGACAGACUGGAGGCCUAGCAGAACCUCAAGUCUUUUCCUGCAUGAUUUUGUGAUAAAUGGCCACUUUGCACUGGUAAGCUAAAAUGAAGACUGCUCUUACGUAAUAAUAAAAUAUGAUCUUGUGUGUGGGAUCCAGUGUUGGGUGUAACGCAUUACUGUAAUUAAAUUACAUUUAAUUGAAAAAGUAAAGUAAGGGAUUACUCUUAAUUUUUCAGUAAUUUAAUUACAGUUACUUGCAAUUACUUACAUUUAAUUACAACACUAUGUAAUUGUGUUGAAUACUGUAUAGACUACAGAACAAUUAAAACAAUAGUGAAUUAAAAUGUAGCAUGUUUAAUGUUAAAAUGUAGCAUGUCUAAUGUUAAAAUUUAUGUUUUCUAAUUUAAUGCAGUCAGCUUAAAUUCUUUGGCCAGUUCAUGAAUAAUUUAUUUGAUAUUAUAUGAAUUUCAUGUCUGUCCUUAUAUUUUUCAUCUAGUCGAGGUUGAAAAGGGUUUUAGAAAGUAAUUAGUAAUAAGUAAUGCACUUACUUUUUAGACAGAGUAAUUAGUACAGUAAUCUAAUUACACUGUAGAAGAUGUAAUUAGUAGUUAGUAAUUCAUUACUUUUUAAGUAAUACCUUACCCAGUACUGGUGGGAUCCCCCUUAAGACGUUCAGUGGUUUAUCCUAAAAGUGCUUUUAAAAGCUAAAUGAGCUUCCCCAUUUGUACAGUGUCUGCACUGCACUGCACGCGUCCAAAGCACUAAAGCACUAAACAGCACGCCGCAGACCACAAAACCUGAAUUAAACCAGGAAUUUUCUACUUAUAAAUUUUCUACAAUAUGGAGAAUGUCAAGCGUCUUAUAAGGCCAGACAGACCCGACAUUGUAAAUAGCAUUUACGAGGAAAAAAAUAUAAUGUGUGCCAUUGGCUAGGGUACAUAAUGAUUUGAAAGAAAUGUUAUAGAUUAAGAUUAAAACAAUAAAAGAAAAAGGAGAAGUCUACUAAAUUUUUAUUAUAACAAAGCAGUUUUAAUUAAAGAUUUAAAUUGUGUUUAGGCUACUGUUUUUUCCUAUAACAAAUGCUGUAGUUUGUUUUAUGUAAACCAUAGUUACAUUGACUUAAUAAAUAUCCAUCCAUGGUCAAACUUGUGGUUGUUCUUACAAAUGAAAAAAGUGAAAUCAAGGGCUUUAAAGCCUGGACCUCUCUGAAGCUCAAGCUAUGAGUUUUUCACCUGUAUAAAAUCUGUUCUAUUCUAAUGCUCUUGUAUGGGAGAAAAUCUGGUUUAGUUUGCCUUUAGAUAUUCCAAAAGAUGGUUUAAAUCAACAUUUAAAACAUAAAAAUCCAAUAAUUUGAAACACUGUCCCAACUCACUAAAAUAACAAACAGUGAACAUUCUAAAAUGUAUACGUGCAUUUUUGAUAUAGUUAUUUCUAUUAAAUUCUUUGUUAUUUUAUUGAACUUCUCAUUCAAAUGAGUUUUUAGUGUCUCUUAUUGAAUGUGCAGUCAUAAUUAUGUUCACGUUUAUUAAUAAUGAAAAUUUUAAUGAAAAAAUAAUAAUUGUAAGGGGGCCCAAAAAUCCUAACGGUGCCCCUGGGUCCUGGAACAACAUUCCUAUCAACCAGAUUUAAGGCAUAGGAAAAAGGUUAGUGGCUUAUACACUAUUCAUAUACUUUGCUUGAGAUUUGAUGUAAUUCGUAGUAAGAUUAGGUUUAGGGUUUUGCAUUUGUUUCUUUGACAAGAAUGUUGCUCCAGGACCAAUAAAAGAUAUUGUUCCAGGAAAAUCAUUCUUACUUGGAUAAACAUCUUUUGUUAAUGGAACAACAUUCAUGUUUAACAUAGUCCUCCUAAUACCAUCCCAAACUACACUUAAAAUCAGUGAAAUAUUAGGUUGAUAAGAAUGUUGUUGAAACCCCAAUGCUAGCCCUAACACCUACCCUAAGCCUAACUCUCACCCUUAAAUCUGACUGGCUGAUUUAAAUGUUGUUCUAGAAACAUUUUGUCCUACUUGGUGAAAUCACGGUAAACUUGGGAUGUCCUACUUGGUCUUUGCUGUAAGGAUUUCUGGUAGUAAUCCUACUUGCAUUUCAGACAUCUAAGGUUUUUAUAGCUGAUGCAAACUUACAUCUUUGGAAAGUAACCAAUUAUCAAAGAUGAUUAAAUAACAAUUAUAUAGAAAAAUAGCUCCUUGGAUUUGAUGAAACUUAGUCACACAAUAAGAGGGUGGAAAACACCCUCCAAAACAGAAUGAUAGCAUUAAAAAGUCUUGACGCAAUGGUUGCUGUUUUUCUUUUGGACAGGUAAUUACAUGUUUUGAUUUGUUUUUGAUAUAUUUGUGUGUGUGUGUGUGUGUGUGUUCAUACGUGAUAGAGGAGGCGUGGCUUUGGAGACACCUCUGAAGCGAGGGCGGGCUCUAUGCUUUCAAAGCUAGCUUGCUAACUGCUAGCCUCUCUGGAUUACACACCCCAUCUUUAAAUACUGCGGACAUAGCUUAACAUGGUUGAAAAUGACCUUAUAUUAUAAAAUUAUGAAUCCAAAAUCAGUUUUAGGGGCAGUUGCACUCAAUAACACAAUGAAUGCUUCAAAAUUGAUAGCAGCGUUGAGAUGGAACUUUGUUUUUUAUUUUUUUUUUACAUUUUCUGUAUUGUGUCAUUAAUGUUGUACUGUGGGAAUGUAAAUAAUCUACAUAAUUAUUUUUUGUGUGCCUCAGAUUUGUGGAUGUGUAUAAAAAUUGUCUUAUUGUAUAAUAUGUCUAUAAAAGUCCUUUGUGUAAAUGUUAUUCUCUGUGACCACAUAAAAUUACUAUAUAACUGGAAAUUAUGAUGGGUAUUUAAUUUUUACAUGCUUAUAAUUUUAUAUGUGUGACGUGUAUGUUAAGAUUUUU